UUGGGGAUCACGAAUUCUGGGUAUAACAGUAGAAGGACAAGGAAGCAGGUGGCAGGUCAAUGGAUUUCUCUUUACAUAGUUCUGUUUAUAGAGUUUAGUUUUGGAGGCGUGUUAGUAUUUUAUACAACAAAUUUAUAUCUAAAUCAAUGGAGGGCAAAACCCUAAAAUAGAAACAAACAGAAACAAAUGAACUCAAAAUUUUUCAAAUGUGUGAUAUAACCCUCUGGUAGUGGCAAAAAAUGAACAUAAUUGCAUUUUGAACACAGUACUUUGAAUAUCUGUCUUGUCAUUCUAAAGAAAAAAAGAACUGCAAAAGAUCUAUUUUUUGCAUACUCUGUUUUUUGAGUAGUCCAUUGAGUAGGUCUGUUAUUCCCAUUUGGUGAAGUAGUACAUGGUGACCUUCCUUCAGUGCAUAGGAUGGUUGAGCAAAUAAGUUAAUAUACCAAGGAGGUUGAGAGUCAGAUUUCUUAACUUUAUUAAGGGGGUAUUACUAAUAUGGAAAUGGAGAAGAUUAAAAUCAACGCUGGUGUUGUAUUGGAAUGGACGGUAUCACUAUGAAUUCAUAAUUUUUUACAAACGAACUAAUUUUUAUAAACUAAUUUUUUACAAACUAUACACGUGAUUAUAGAGAGAGAUAUAGAUAUAUAACAUUUAUAUCCAUAUCUAUGUCUAUAUAUUUAAUAACACUGUCAACUUAAAAUGGAAUAUACAGUGGUGCGUCACAAGAAAUGAACAUUUCUUGCAACCAUACCCGGUCUCUAAAUACCAUUCCCUACUGAAAGACUUCCUUGAGAAAUGGAUGAUUUUUAGGACUUAGGAGGAAGAUAAGAAAGUAUAAGAUGAGUCAGCCUGGAAAUUAUGUGCCAAAAGUAAAGAGAAAGGUCCCAAAUGAUAAAGGUUACACAGGAGCAAACCAAAAAAUAAUGAUAGAAAUUAUAGCCUAUUGAAUAAACAUGUAUCCAAGUGUAGAUACUGAAAAUAGACAUAGGUAGAUAGAUAAUUAGAUACAUGUGGCAGAAGACCCAGUUUUUUUGUAAGUAUACAAUGUCACAUGACAAAUUUAAAAAAGUGAAGUUAAAAAAUCAUUAAUUUGCCACUAUGACAGUAACACUUGAAUCAGGUAAGAAACAAAAAGUAUGAUAAAAUGGGUAAAAUUGGAUGAGGAACAGAAUAUUUACACAGUUUCAAAAUGUCUCCCCAUAUCUUUUUUCCUAAUUAGAAGCUAAAAAAAUAAUAACUUUACAGUUGGUAAUCUUGGCAGACACAACUUUAAACAAGAGAUAUAGUUAUAAUCUUUAAUUAUUGAACCAUCUGACAUCAUGUGCUUCCCAUUGUGAUUCACUAUGAUGGAAUCAACAUCACCUUUGUAGUAUGCCCCACCAAAAACUCUCUAGUAAUCUGAAGUGUAAUGAAAGAACAUCAGACAAACCCAACUUGAGAUCCACCAUGAAAAAUAAGCUGCUUCUACUCUUUAAAAUGUCAAUGACAAGAAGGACAAACAAGGGCUGAGAAACCAAUCUUUACUAAAAAAGAUUAAAUAGAUAUGAUAAUUAAAUGCAACGUGUGAUCCAGGGUUGGUUCCUGCACUAGCAAAUUCCUAUCACCAACAUGCGAUAUUAUCGGAACAAUUGGAAGGAAUGAAAUAGAGUUGUAGAUAAAGAAAUGUGAUUGUCUUAAUUAAAAAAUUGUGCCUUCCUAAUGCAGAUUAAUUUUUUCACUGGGGAGGUAUAAUAUCUGAACAGAGGGUAACUUUGAAAGUGUAUGCACAUAAUAACAUAGCCUCAAAGACUACAGCACAAUUGAGGAGAAAACAUGAAGGGAAAGAAAUGGAAUAAUCCUGACAGAGUUCAAAAAUCUUUCUAGUAAGUAAUUUCAAAUGUUUAUAAGAAUAGCACUUCUUGGUGCCCACUGCCCAGUCCUAUUUACCAUGCCCAUUCAGAAUUAUAGACCUACCUUUAGAGGUUCAAUCCUUUAGGUCAAGACCUGGCCCUCCAGGGGUGCUGAACAUUUAGGGGACACUAGAAUUUUUACCAGUAAGUUACUUUCCAAAGAGACUCCCCGAGCAAUAAGUGUAGGUCAUUUUCCUCUGGGAAUCAGUUUCUGGGAUCUUGAGAUAGAACACUGGCAGAGAUUUUAAGCAGGUACCUGGGAAAACGGGGCAUGGGGAUGACAAGAUGAGGUCAAUAGUGCAGUUAGGAGGUGGGAAAAUUCCUGGCAAAGUCCCUGAUGGGUCUCAAACAUCUGGAGGUGGAACUCACUUGGAAGUGACUUCCUAAGGCCCCUCCCAUCCUGGUUCAGAGUAGCUUCUCUGCGGAGAGUGUGGUGAUUACUCGGACAGAGAAGGGUUAAGGGGAUCUCACUAACCCCUCCUUCCUGCUGCUCCUGGUUAGGGAGGGUGAAGACAGAAUAGCUAGUGGAGCAAGCACCCAGAAGGAGGAGCAGAAGGGCCAGAAGCUACAAACAGAAGAGAAGACAGGAUCCACUUCUCACCUCUUCCCAAGCUGCCUGCCAGCGCAUUUCCUUGGCAGCCAGGGCAGCGCGUCUUCUGGGCUCACAGGUCGCUGUGCACGACUCAGAGAAGAGCACAGGGCUCUGGGCACUGGACCCGGCUCCGCAGCUGGUACAGGAGGGAACAUGGCGGGCCAGCGGGCACUGCUGCUAGCUGGCUUUCUUCUGUCUGGGUUCCUGCUCCCAGAGGCCGCCGAAAUUCUGACUGUAUCCUCACUGGGUGGAAGCCAUUAUCUACUGCUGGACCGGGUAUCUCAGAUUCUUCAAGAUCAUGGUCAUAAUGUCACCAUGCUUCUUUAUGGAGGAGAUUAUUUAAUCCCAAAAAAGAAGGAAAAUGCAUACCAAGUUAUCAGUUGGCUUCUACCUGAGGAUCAUGAAAAAGAAUUAAAGGAACAUUUUGAUUCCUAUAUGAAGGAAGCUUUGCAUGGCAGAGAAGCAUUUGACACCUUUGUAAAGUUAAUGGAACAAUUGGGGAUUCAAUGCAGUGAUUUGCUAAGGAGAAGUGAUAUCAUGGAUUCUUUAAAAAAUGAGAACUUUGACCUGGUAUUUGUUGAAGCAUUUGACUUCUGUUCUUUCCUGGUUGCUGAGAAGCUUGGGAAGCCAUUUGUGUCAAUUCUUCCCACCCCAUUUGGCAGUGUGGACCUUGGGCUACCAAACCCGGUGUCUUAUGUUCCGGUAUUCCAUUCCUUGCUAACCGACCACAUGGACUUCUGGGGCAGAGUGAGGAAUUUUCUGAUGUUCUUGGAUUUCUUCUUAAGGCAAUGGCGAAUCCAGUCUACAUUUGACAACACCAUCAAGGAACAUUUCCCGGAAGGCUCUAGGCCGGUUUUGUCUCAUCUUCUAAAGAAAGCAGAGCUAUGGUUUGUUAACUCUGACUUUGCCCUUGAAUUUGCUAGGCCCCUGCUUCCCAACACUGUGUAUGUUGGAGGCUUAAUGGCCAGACCUGUUAAACCAGUACCACAAGAAUUUGAGAAUUUUAUCAGCAAGUUUGGAGACUCUGGUUUUGUUCUUGUGGCCCUGGGCUCCAUGGUGGGCACCUAUCAGUCCCAGGAAGUUCUCAUGGAGAUGAACAGUGCCUUUGCUCAUCUCUCCCAAGGGGUGAUAUGGAAGUGUAAGCUUUCUAAGUGGCCCAAAGACGUCAAAUUGGCAGCAAAUGUGAAAAUCGUGGACUGGCUUCCUCAGAAUGACCUCUUGGCUCACCCACGCAUCCGUCUUUUUGUCACCCAUGGUGGGUUGAAUAGCAUAAUGGAGGCCAUCCAACAUGGUGUGCCCAUCGUGGGGAUUCCAGUCCUUGGAGACCAGCCUGAAAACAUGGUCCGAGUAGAAGCCAAGAAGUUUGGUGUCUCUAUCCAGUUAAAGCAGAUCAAGGCAGAGGCAUUGGCUCUGAAGAUGAAGGAAGUCAUAGAAGACAAGAGGUACAAGUCAGCAGCGGUGGCCGCCAGCAUCAUCAGGCGCUCCCACCCCCUGACCCCUGCCCAGAGGCUGGUGGGCUGGACCGACCACAUCCUCCAGACAGGGGGUGCAGCCCACCUCAAGCCCCAUGCCCUGCAGCAGCCAUGGCAUGAGCAGUACCUGCUGGACGUCUUCUUGUUCCUGCUGGUGGUCACCCUGAGCACCCUGUGGCUCUGCGGGAAGCUGCUGGGCAUGGUGGCCAGGUGGUUGUGUGGGGCCAGGAAGCUGAAGAAGGCUUGAUGGGGGUGCAUCCUUGAUGGGUAUUUGAGAAGCCACUGGUUCUACAAAGUCUCCAACCAUAAAGGAAACCCCUAGUGUCUCCCUGUAUUCCACCUGAUGGUGGCACAUAAAUUGCUCUUCAAUGCUGCCUGUGUUUAAAAAUUCUUGGGACAUCUGGGUGGCUGAGCCGGUUAAGCGUCUGAC